AUGGAUAUAUAAAAUCUAUAUGGUAAUGUAGAAUGGAAAACCAAUGAAGAACCAAUUAUUUAAUCAACUUUUGAAUCUAUGAAACUAAGGAAAGAACUUUUGAGAGGCAUCAAUGCUUUUGGUUUUAUACGACCCUUAGAAGUUCAAUAGAGAGCAUUAGUCCCACUGAUUUAGGGUAGAGAUGUUGUAAUCUAGAAUUUUAGGAGUACAGGGAAAACAACAGUAAUGAGUUUAUCAGUACUAUCGAUCUUUGAUUUAUCUGUAAAAAAAAUCUAGGUUUUGAUUCUGUAGAAAACAAGGAAAUUAACAGAAGAAAAUGCAGGCUUAAUAAUGGCUUUGGGCAAAUUUCUUAAUGUUUCGAUUCAUGCGUGUUCUGAAGGAAAUUCUAUUUAGGAUGAUAUUAGUGUCGUAUAACAAGGGGUUUAAAUAGUAUUAGGUACUCCUGAUAGAGUUUUUGAACUAGUAUAGAGAAAGGAAAUUAGUUUUGCUCAUUUAAAAAUGAUAAUUUUGGAUGAAGCUGAUGAAAUGUUGAUUGAUGAAUCUAAAUCAUUGGUUUAUUGUAUCUUUAAAUACUUGCCACCAAAACCUUAGUAUGUCUUAGUCACAGCAACUUUAUCUUAAGAUAUACUAGAUUUUAUUGAGAAAUUCUUCAACAAUCCACUUGUGAUCAUGGACAAAAGAAAUGAACUGACAUUAGAAGGAAUUCAAUAGUUUUUUAUUCAAGUUGAUAAAGAGGAUUGGAAGUUUGAGACUUUAUGCGAUUUAUACGAGAUAGCAUCUAUUACCUAAUCAGUUAUCUUUUGCCAAACAAAAUAAAAAUGUGAAUGGUUAGUGAAUAAAAUGUUAGAAAGCAAUUUUACAGUAGUUUAAAUACAUGAAGGUAUGAGUUAACAAUAAAGGAAUGAGAUUAUGAGGGAUUAUAAAUAAGGAAUUAAAAGAGUAUUGAUUGGUACUGAUAUUUUAAGAAGAUGUCUUGAUAUUGAAUAUGUAUCCUUGAUUAUCAAUUAUGAUGUACCAACCUCAAAGGAAUUAUACAUUUUAAGGAUUGGAAGAAAGGGUAAAUUUGGAAGAAAGGGAGUGGCCAUUACUUUGAUAAGGUCAGAAGACUUCAAAAUUCUAAAUUAAAUUGAAUAAUACUAUUCAACUCAGAUUAAAGAGUUGCCAAUAAAUUUUACUGAUAUUUUAUGA